AUGGCGGUAAUCGUCGGUUGGAUAACUGAGUCUGUCCGAGAGAUUUUUCAGAUCUCUGAGCUGACUCUGCAGUCUUGUCUCGUCUUCUGUACGGCUUUCCUCCUAACAUGUUUCUUCUUGAAGCGCCGCAAAAACCUGCCUCCCUACCCGGCAGGAUGCGUGCCUGUUCUCGGGCACCUCCUCGCCUUGGGCCGAGCGCCUCACCUCAAGCUGACGGCGUGGAGGCGGCAGUACGGGGACGUCUUCACCGUCAGGAUGGGGAUGAAAGAUGUGGUGGUUCUGAACGGCUACACUGCCGUCAAGGACGCGCUCGUGGACAGGUCCGAGCUGUUCGCCUCGAGACUGUCAAGUUGCCUGAUUGAAGCGAUGAUUGGUUUUGGAAAAGACAUAACGAUGACCCCCUGGGGGACCGAGUUUAGGCAGAGAAAGAGGUUUGCCACCGCCGUCCUGAGGAACCUGGGUAUGAAGAGCGGAACUGGCAGCAUUGAGGUGAAAAUCCGAGAGGAGGCAAGCUGUCUCCGUAACAGGAUUGCAGAAUACAACGGGGAGCCCUCUGACAUCGCCCAUGACGUCACAGUGGUGGUUGCUAACGUCAUCUGUUCCAUGUUGAUGGGAAAACGUUACGACUACAAGAACAAGACGUUUCGGGAGCUGUCUCAGGCUCUUUCUAAGACUGCUAAACUUGGAACUGGACAAGUCAUUGACGUCUUCCCCUUGCUACGGUUUGUUCCUGUCGUCAAUCGACCCUACAUCAAUGUGUUGGAAGAAUGUUCCAAGGUCAGAAAUGUGAUGAGAAUGGAGAUAGACAGCCAUCGCGAGAACCUGGAUCGCGAGAAUCCGCGAGACUUCCUGGACUUCUGCCUGCUGGAGGUUGAGAAGCAGGAGAAGGUGGAGGGUCUGACAGAGGAGAACGUCAUGUAUAUGGCCUCGGACCUCUUCUUUGCGGGAAUAGUGACAACCACCAACACACUGCUGUGGAGUCUGCUCUACAUGGCUUUGAACACUGACAUCCAAAAUAAGGUGCAGCAGGAGCUUGAUGCCGUUGUUGGUGAGGGUCUGCCCGCCCUGUCCCACCGUUCCCAGCUGCCCUACGUGAACGCCUGUCUGCUGGAGGUCAUGAGGAUCCGGCCCGUUGCACCUCUCUCGAUCCCCCACGCCACCACAGAGACGGUCAAAAUGCAGGGAUAUGACAUCCCUAAGGGAACCCAGGUACUACUGAACCUGUAUUCCCUCCACAUGGACCCCGCCUACUGGCCUGAUCCGGACCGGUUUGACCCCGGAAGGUUUCUGGACGCGGAAGGAAACGUCAUCAACAAGCCUGAGUCCUCCAUGCCCUUUGGAGGAGGCCGACGCGUGUGUCUUGGUGAGCAGCUGGCCAGGAUGGAACUUUUCCUGUUCUUCUCGACCCUGCUGCAGUCUUUCACCUUCCGGACGCCAGAGGGCGCUCCUCCUCCAACCACUGAAGGCGUCUUUAGUCUAGGGUUGACCCCGCAUCCGUUUAAGAUCUGUGCGAUCCCGCGUUAGUUUAUUGGCUAGAUUUGUGAGAAAUGACGAGACGUAUUUGACUGUUUUAUAUACUAUCUAGAAAAUUAACUUGUGGUAGCGCGGAAAAUGGAUGAUUUUAAUUAAUGGGUAAAUCUUGGUUUAGGAAAACAUUUUAUAAGAUUUUAUCUCUUCAAACAACUGUAAGUACAAUUACAAGUACAUUACGUAGCUCGCAACUUGGAGUCAUGGGGAACAGCUAUAUAUUUCCAAGGACGACACGUAGUAUUAGUGUGUCCAAUAGCUGCAAACAAUCAGAACUGUAUUUAUGCAUACACUGUUAACUUACUUGCUUUUUUGGAGACCAGCCAAUAAACUUUCUUGUGAAGAAUAAAGCCGCUUGAAAUCAGAUGUAACCACCGUCUAUGUAACGAGAUUGAAGAGCUAUCAGUGACAUCUGAGGUGUACGACAUGCUAGUGUAUACCCAAUAAUCCUUAAGAAUAACCGAUAUGUACAGCGUCGACGUCUGCCUUUAAGUUAAUGCAACUGUAAGUCAAGUGCAAAGAUCAUACUUGACCUUUAUUAU